AUGGUGCAACCGAAUGAGGUCCAAAAAGGUCAACAUUUGGGAGUACCGCUUCAUGACGCCAGACAAGCCACUGGGAAUGCAAACCUUCACGCAGGUGAAGUUCACCCGGCCAUACUGGCUGACCAGGAGAGGCUAUCCCAACUUCCCCAGAACCGACGCGCACCAGAUCGGCAGCAAGGGCCAGAAGUAUUGCGACAUGUCCAGGCUGCACCAGCAGGCGGGACUUGGACUAAGUCGAGUAAGUCGAGUAAGUCUACUUAG